AUGACAGUUAUCAAUAAUGCGUCGAUUGCGGCUAUUGCAAUUAUACUGGUUACUUCAUUAGUGAUCUUAUUCAAGUGGAAGCAUGCCAAUUUGAUGACUCCUAUGCAUUCAACACGAAGUGUAAAGACUAAUAAAGAGCCAACAAUCGUUAUUGCAGGUUCAAGCAACAGUGGGAAAACAAGCCUUUUCAACCUUUUGGUCUCUAAUGAAGCACAUAGUACUUUAAUGUCUCAAGUUCCUAACAUUAAAAGUAAUUUUAAGCUUCCAUUUGGUAGUCAAAGCACGAAGUUCACAUUAAUGGAUUUUCCUGGCCAUACAAAAUUGCGGCACAUGUUGUACCAAGCCCUCAAAGAGUCAACUAAUAUUAAAUUUAUUAUACUAAUGGUGGAUUCUACUUCAGAUCCCAAAAAUAUAACGGACACAGCAGAAAUUCUGUAUGAGAUCUUAAAGAUUACUGAACGUAAUCCGCUGGGCGUGGAUAUUUUAAUCGCAUGUAACAAAUCCGAAUCCUUUACAAGCAGACUCCCAGUGAAGUUCAGAAUAGCUUUAGAGCAGGAAAUUGACACUAUCAUUAAAACUAAGAAGAAAAAUCUCAGCAGUCUGAACCAUAACCUAUCAGCCGGUGUGGAAGAGGAAGAAGAAGAUGAUGAUGACAUACUGCCGAUUCAUGCUUCAAAUGGAUUCAGUUUCAACCUCUUAGAGGGAUCUGUUGAUGCCAUUGAAGGCAGUGUACUAAAAAAUGAUAUUGGGAAGUGGGGAAACUGGAUUGAAGAAAGAACCAGUUAA